CGGAAGUUCCGCCUCUAUUUCUGCCUGCUCCAAUCUGAGCUGCGUGAUCGGGUUGCGUGCGCUCUUCGUAGCCUUACCCGGAAGCUUAUGUCUCAAGCGAGGAGCGCGAAGGCGCGACUAUGAACCCUUUAACUAAGGUGAAGCUGAUCAACGAACUGAAUGAGCGAGAGAUUCAACUUGGGGUGGCAGAAAAGGUGUCUUGGCACUCGGAAUACAAGGACAGCGCCUGGAUCUUUCUUGGAGGGCUUCCGUAUGAAUUGACAGAAGGAGACAUCAUCUGUGUCUUCUCACAAUAUGGGGAGAUUGUCAACAUUAAUCUUGUGAGAAACACUAAGACUGGGAAAUCCAAAGGAUUCUGUUUCCUGUGCUAUGAAGAUCAGAGGAGCACAGUUCUGGCUGUUGACAAUUUCAAUGGGAUUAAGAUCAAAGGAAGAACUAUCCGUGUGGACCAUGUGUCACACUACCGGGCUCCCCAGGAAUCAGAAGAUGUGGAUGAUGUGACCAGAGAGCUCCAGGAGAAGGGCUGUGGGCCUAAUACACCUCCAUCAAGUUCUCCUGAGGGCUCUGAAGAUGAAGAUGUCAUACCCACAAAAAAGCACAAAAAGGACCCAGACAAAAAAGAGAGAAAGAAAGAAAAAGAGAAGAUUGAAUGCAAGGUACAAGCAGAGCUGCCAUCCUGUUCUUUGUCCUCCAGAAGCAAGACAGUCAAGGAAAAGGAUGACCAUGGCCCAGAGAAGCACAACAACAAGAGCUCAGACAGAGUGCAGAUGUCUGAUGAUAGAGAGGUGAAGAGGAAUCAUUCAGACUACUUUGAUGUCAGGAUUUCCUUCCAGGGUAGAGCAGAGAACCCUGAGUGGGAACCAAAGAAAGAGAAACCCAAGCAUGAGCAUAAGUCCUCAAGCAGGAGGGAGGAAGAAGAAGAAAAGAGCAGAGAUACGGAUAGAAAAAAGAGCUUAGGGAUGCAUUCCAGCAAGCACGAUGGGCAUUCUGAACGUCGGAAUCAUAGGAGUAGAAGUAGGAUUCUGGAUAAGUCCCAUUGUCAUAUAAAGCAUAGACACUCUUGGGAUUGGGAGUCCUUCCGUGCCAGUGAAGGGAGACAUUAUUGAAUCCUGUUUCAACUGCCCAGUUUUUUGAAAAUGAAUUUUGUUCCAUAAAUAUCAAAUUCUCUUUGUUGUUAUUUUUAUACAUCAAGUUCUGAGGGCUGAAUUUGUUCAAUCCCUUGUAUGACAGAGUUGUUGGGGAAACUACAGUUUCAAUAGCUAGAUAUCUUAGAAACAACAACAACAAAAACCUAACAAACAUGAUCCACUGUCCCUGGAAAAAUAUUUGGUACUGAACAAAGUAUAUGCCUAAAAUUUGGUUAUAGAUUUAGCCUUUACCUACCAACCUCCGAUCUGUGAUGAGAUUGCUAGAAAAGGCAAAACACAAGCAAUGGUGGAUAUCUAGUGUUCAUGCUAGAUAUUCCGAGGCUUGCACUGUAGUACCUUAGCAGAUGGCAGUUACAGCUUUAGAGAGGAGUGGCUUAGGACAUUUGGAGAGCUUAAUAUGGAUAUGAUAGGAUUCUUAAGACCAGCUGGUUCCUUCCCCUUUAAGUUUCUUUUUGCAGGGUUGGAAGCCAGGACUGGGCAUGCCGGACAAGUCCUCUAUUAAUCAGACAUAUCCUAGCUCCUGUUGAUUUUAGUUUUAGAUGGUUACAUAUAUGUCUAUGUAUUUUUUUUUCUUUGUAAUUUGUUUUUAUUGAGAUGGAAUUCAUAUAAAAUAAAGUUAACCAUUCUAAAUAA